AUGCCUUAUUCUAAAGUUAAACAGUUGGGCAUUAUCUUCAAGGACCUGCCCUUGGAUUUACAGCCAGAAAUUAGCCUAUUUCCAAAAAACCCAACACUUUAUGGUAGUGGUCAGAGAAGAAAAUUGUGGUUGACCUGUCAUGAGUGGUCUCUCACUAUUUCUCUCUCUACUGCUACAACUGACACCACUAUUUCCACUUCCCAUACCGCAAAUGCCACUUCCCACAACACAACUUCCACUUCCCACAACACAACUUCCACUUCCCAAACCGCAAGUGCCACUUCCCACACCACAACGUCCACUUCUCAUACUGCAAAUGCCACUUCCCACACCACAACUUCCACUUCCCUCACCACUACUGCCACUUCCCUCACUACAAAUGUCACAUCCCUCAACCCAACUGUCACUUCCCACACCUCUAUAGUCCCCCCCCCGUAUCUCUAGCAUCACUCCUUACACAACUACUGCUACACCCCCUGUCUCUACUACCACACCCUGCACCACUACUACUACACCCAGCACCACGACUACUACACCCCGCGCCAUGACUACUACACCCCGCACCACUACUACUACACCUUGUGCCACUACUACUACACCCCGCACCACUACUGCUACACCCUGCAUCACUUAUGAUAGGCGCUGCAUCAUCACUGCUACACCCCUUAUCACUACUGCCACGCCUUGCACCACUUCUGCUAACCCCCACACCACUACUGUUCCUGUUAGCAUUCCGUCAGCUUCCCUGUCUAGUCUUAAACAGCGCAGCACUUCGUGUCCUUCCGGCGUUGUUGUCUCCAAGGGUAAGCAAUUAUGUCAACUGACACUGGGUUUGUGUGGAGUGUCUGUUGUAUUAAUCUCUUUACAAAGACAUAAAGUUCCGUAAUAAUAUUAUUCAUCCGGGAACUGAACAUUGCAUGAUUACAUUAAGUUAUUAUAAUUGGAUGUCAUUAAGACCCAUAAGUUAUUGGCGGUUCUUUGUUUGACUGUUGUGCUACAUCAAGUAUAGUUCUUAUUCGCCCACACAAGGUUUAAAAUGUUACAGUGAAAAGUGAUUGUUGCUGAAACAUAGAGAUGAAUAUGUGCCUGAUAGUGGUGCUAUGAAUAUACUCUUGUUGUUGCCCAGUUUAUUUGCGAAGCGCACUUCUCCUAAGGCCAUUACUAACUUGAGUGAUUACCCAAACUAGAACGUGCAGGUGAGCUUUAAAUGGGCUAACUUUUAUUUUUUACUUUACCGGUAAUUUUUUUCAGUUUAUAGCUAAUUAUCCUGGUAAUGAAGUUACAAGUAGUUAGCCAUCUCAUGUUUUUUUUAUCUAUGCAGAUACUGAAUUUGGGAUGCUUCUUCCAAGCACCAAUCGAAUAGUUCAUGCUGUGUGCGUGCUUUCAGCACAGACUGAGAUCCAUGGCCACGCAGUUGCCCGUGGCAAUGUUGUGGUGGAAGUGCAUAAAGUGCUCUCGCCUGGCGUAUGUCCACUGAUUCGCAGCCCAUUCGACGAGGACAAAGACGUGUGCGUUGGGGGUUUCAUGAAUGGCCCUGCAAUCAACUGA